AAAUAAGUUCAAUGAUUCCUCCACACGGUGUCUCUGUUGACCCACAAAGUGAAUUAUUAUCUAUGGUGACUCUGGGCUCCUCCUUGUUUCAAAGGAAGAGGCGAUCACACAGAGCUUUGUUACACAUUCGCCCGACGUGAAGACUGGGACGGAGGCCCGAGGAUUUGCUCAUUUCAAUGCGACGUAAAUUUGGAUAUUUCUAUCUGCUUGAUUUUCGACUGAACGCCUAAUUGGAUCUAUGCUGAUACCGAAAUUGACGGAACGAUGUAUUUUUCGGAUAUGCAGGGAUCUGCGGUGACGUUUCGGCUGGUCCUGCUGUUGUGCGUUUUGGAAGCGGUUUCUGGACAACUCUCAUAUUCAGUUUCAGAGGAGGUAAACCCGGGGACCUUUGUGGGAAACAUCGCCAAGGAUUUAAAUCUGAAUGUACAUGAACUUGAAUCCCGUGCAUUUCAGAUUGUCGCUGGUGCCCAGAAGAAAUAUUUCGAGGUGAAUUUAAAGACGGGGAUUUUGUAUGUGAAUGAAAGAAUUGACAGAGAGGAGCUUUGUCCGAACGCCCUCAGAUGUGUGUUUAGUGUCGAAGCUGUUAUUAAUAAUCCCUUGAGAGUUUACCGCGUGGAAGUUAAUGUUGUAGACGUUAAUGAUAAUGCUCCGUCUUUUCGGGAGAAAUCACAACAUGUGAAUAUAACCGAAAGCACAUUGCCUGGAGGUCGCUUUCCUUUACUAGACGCGUACGAUGCGGAUGUAGGGAAAAAUUCCGUAAACACGUAUAAGCUGAGUCCAAAUGAACACUUCUCUCUGGAUUUGCACAAAGGCGAGACUGUAUCUGCUGAGUUAGUGCUGCAGAAAGCUUUAGACCGGGAGAAACAGUCUCUGAUUCAGCUCCUACUUACUGCUGUAGACGGAGGUAAUCCUCCGAGAUCUGGCACCAUGCAUAUUGUUGUGAAUGUCUUCGACAUUAACGACAACUCUCCAGUUUUCAGCAGUCCUUUGUAUAAAGUUCGUAUAUUUGAAAAUACACCUCCAGGAACAUCAAUAAUAACGGUCAAUGCCACAGAUUCAGACGCAGGUUUAAAUGGUGAAGUCGUGUACUCCUUUAGUAAGCUUCAGCAAGGCCAUAUCCUAGAUAUGUUCACAAUCGAUUCACAUACGGGGACUGUUACAGUGAAAGGAGUGAUAGAUUUCGAACAAAAUAACGCGUUUGAAAUUCGUACUCAAGCCAGUGACAGAGCUCAGCCACCCAUGGCCGCUCACUCUAAAUUGUUGAUCGAAGUGGUGGAUGUUAAUGAUAAUGCUCCUGAAAUAACAGUAACAACCCUCUUAAACGCCGUGAAGGAAGACGCAAACAUCGGCACUGCAAUUGCCCUUGUUUCAGUUCUUGAUAGAGAUUAUGGUAAAAAUGGGAUAAUUAACUGUUACAUUCCGAAUGAAUAUCCUUUUAAAUUGGAAACAAAUUAUAAGAACUACUACUCUUUGGUAGUUGGCGGGCCGUUGGACAGAGAGACCGCUUAUGAGUACAAUGUCACCAUCACAGCUACAGAUGGGGGGACUCCUCCUCUCUCCAGCACAAGCGUUAUUAUUAUACACGUUUCUGAUGUAAAUGACAACGCGCCUCGCUUUACACAGCCCAGGAAUGAUGUGUAUGUGAAAGAAAAUAGUCCAGUGGGGUCUGUCAUUUACACGCUGUCUGCAUAUGAUCCAGAUUUAAACGAAAAUGCAAAAGUUUCCUAUUCCUUAUUAUUGACAUCAAAAGGCGCGUCCCCGUCAGCCUCUGUCAACGUGAACUCGGUGAGUGGAGAAAUAUACAGCCUGAAGACCUUUAACUUCGAGGAAGUGAAAUCGUUCCAGUUUCAUGUUCAGGCUACAGACUCUGGUGUUCCUCCACUAAGCAGCAACGUGAGUGUGAACGUUUUUAUUUUGGAUGAGAAUGACAACAGUCCUGCUGUUCUUCCGCCCUAUUCUGACCAGGGCUCCGUUAAUACUGAGAACAUUCCCUAUUCUGCUGAAGCGGGAUACUUUGUGGCCAAGAUCAGAGCUGUGGACGCAGACUCUGGUUACAAUGCGCUGCUUUCUUAUCACAUCACGGAACCCAAGGGAAGCAGCCUCUUCCGAAUCGGAAGCAGCACCGGGGAAAUAAGGACCAAAAGGCGAAUGAGUGACAAUGACUUGAAGACUCAUCCAUUGGUGGUUUUGAUUUCUGAUCACGGAGAUCCAUCUCUGUCAGCGUCUGUGUCUAUAGAUGUUGUGGUUGUUGAAGAUGGCAGUGAUGUUGGCCUACAGACGUCAUUCAGACAGCUGCCUGCCAAGGAGGAGACUUUUUCGGAUUUGAAUCUCUAUUUGCUGAUCGCAAUUGUUUCCGUAUCGAUAAUUUUUUUGCUGAGCCUCAUUACUUUAAUAGCCGUGAAAUGUCUCAGGACGGACAGCGGAUUGAGCAAGUACAGCCCCCCAGUGAUCACAACACACCCUGACGGAAGCUGGUCUUACUCUAAAUCUACUCAACAGUAUGACGUUUGUUUUAGCUCGGACACACUGAAGAGUGACGUCGUAGUUUUUCCUGCGCCGUUUCCAUCUGCCGAUGCGGAGCUGAUUAGCAUUAAUGGGGCAGAUACUUUAAAACGCAAUCAAACGCUUCCGAUCAGCGAGAAGGUAAGAAUUAUGUCUCCCUUCAUACGCAAUGCUUGCUUUUUCCUUAUGUUCAACAGUGCAUUUAUUAAAAUUGGUGCUAUAUCACUAUGAAGCAGAGUCUAUAAAAUGGCCCUAAGUGAGCUCAUGCGCAUUACUAUUCAAAUUGUUUUGGAUUCGUGGUGACAGCUGAGCGGCAUGCUGGAGCUGUCCCUGGCCCUGGAAAUAAUUCAUUUUCCUUUGCACUACUAGUUGUGAUUUCUUUUAUAUUUGCCUUCUUGUGUGAUUAUUGGACAUUUGUGUUAAUUUAGAACACAAACUGUGAACAGAAUGCUCUCAGUGCGAUUGGCUUUACAGUUAUCGUGCUAUCUGUUAAUUUCCUUGAAAGUCUGGCGGUCAGCCCAGCUUUGAUCAAAUUUAUUUUUCUUGCGUAUGAAAUAUAGUCUAAAUUAUAAUAGAUUGCAUUGAUGAGAAUAGCUAGUGUAUUAUUCAUUUUCAACAUUGAAACGGCUUAUUAUCCAUAUGAUUGUACGACCAAGAGUGCUCCUUUGCUUACAUUCUGAGCUGAGCCCAUUAAUUUAAUCUCAUCUGGGAAUUAGUUUUUGCAGCUUUUCUUAGAUCAUUGACAUGAGCGUCUUUGGUAUCCCGGUAGCAUGUUUGUUAUUCUUAUUUUAAGUUGAAAUAUUCCUUCCUUAGCUUUAUAGCUUCAGUGAUCGGUUAGUUCAUACC